UUACAUAUGAAGCAGGAAGUGUGAAGUUUUACUCUGAUGGAGUCUGAACCCAUGAAACUUUGUCGACAAUGAUUCUUCUUCUACGGACGCUUUUUGUGUGUCUGUGUGUGUCUGUGUCCGUCACUCUCAGGGUCUCAUCACGGGCCCCCCUCACCUGCUCACAACAGGGUUUGAAGUGUGACAUCAUGGAGACUAACUGUAUGGACAGGAGCUGGCUGGUUGUGAAUGAAUACACCCCGAGCGGGCCUGAGGAGCUGCAGGUUUCCGUGGAGACGAGGCGGGACGAGGCGGGUCAGCUGCAGCCGUUCCUGCUCUCUAAGUGGAAGAUAAAGGAUGACGGUAGCAUUCGGUACCUGAACGCCACAGAGUUACACGUCCUGGUGCCGACGACCAACGAGAACCGCUGUCUUCGGUUCUCUCUGACAGAAACUCUGCCCAUGAGGAGUCCGUCGGGGGAGAAGUGGGCGUUCUCUGCAGACAUGUUGGUGGUGGAGCCCGGUCAGAGGUACAAAGUCUCCGUCUUUAACAUCCCUAAACCAGAGUUAGGACACAGUAACUACGACGUCAGCGCCGACAUCUCCGUUCCCGGUUGUGAAGAUCCCAGGAUGAAGAUGACCCAGUUCUGUGCAGAGCGAGGGAGUAUGUGGGAGGCAAACUUCAGUGUGUCUGCACGAGGAUCAACUCUGACCGUCAGCUUCAGUCCCGACUCGCUCUGUGACGAGUACAUCAUGAUCGUCCGCUGCUCCACUACCAGCGAGCGAGCGCAGAUAAGGACCAACCAGACCUCCCUGAAUGUGACAUUCAGCCUUGAUAAGUGGCCGGGCUCCUGCUGCCAAUUUGAUGCAGAGAUCAAACCUCUGUUCCCAUCCUGUGGUCAGGACUGUACUCGUCUACAGCGGACGUUUAAUAUUUGUACUGAAAGGAAAAAAGUGAACCCAACAAACGUCCCCGCUGUCCCCCCGUACACAUUCGUCACAUUGGGAAUGGUGUUUAUGUGUUUGGUGACCAUCGCUGUGGUGUUUGUGCUCUGCAGGAAACCAGGAAAAACUGCUGCCGCUCCAGCCCACGUGAGAGGAAAGAACCUACAGCUGCCUAAACAGCCUCCCAAAGUGCUGGUCAUCUACUCCCAGGAUCACAGCCUCUACAGGGACAUCGUGCUGAAGCUCUGCGCCUUCCUCCAGGCUAAGUGCGGCACCAAGGUACUCGUGGAUCUGUUGGAUACCACCUCAGUCGGCAUGGUGGGUCGUCUCCGCUGGCUCGAGUGGCAACGGCAGCAGCUCAAAAAUCCCUCUGACAAAAUCUUGGUGCUGUGCUCGCGGGGCGUCCAGGCAAAGUGGAGAGCCAUGUGCGGUCAGGGUCGGGUGGUACUGAGGGAAGAUUAUCUGUCCCCUACAGAUGACAUGCUCACUCCUUUCCUGAACCUCUUCCUACCUGAAAUGCACCAGGCAGGAAUGCUGGGAAAGUACAUGGUGGCUUACUUUGAUGACAUCAGCAGCCAACACGAUGUGCCGUCAGUGUUUGACAUCGCAGUCAAAUACAAGCUGAUGAAGCACUUUGAAGAGCUGUACUUCCGCAUCCUGGAUGAAGAGAAGUAUCAGUCUGGUCUUGUCAAACACAUCGAGGGCAUCGGAGGAGACGAAUACUUCAACUGUCCCUCAGGUAGUGCUCUAAAGAACGCCAUUGAAACCUUCCAGGCCUUCCAGCUGGGAAACCCGGAUUGGUUUGAGAAGGAGUGCAUGGACGUUGAAGAGGAGGUCAUGACUGAGUCCAAGCAGCUCAUUGACCAGCUGCAGAUUCCUCCAGUCCUAGAGUGUGUUCCACUGAUUCGAGACGGACCUCCUGCCUGCAUCUGUGACGUAGAAAUCAAUGAAAGUGGUCCCAGUGUCCACGUCCUCACACCUGAACUGAACGCAGAGUGCCAGCUGUCGUCAGUGAUCGAACUUACUCCUCUUGUGAACCCUGAAGCCAACCAGUAUCCUUCAAACCUGGUCCAAGUGUUGACAGAUCACCAAAGCCCCUCUCCAGUUUCUGUCUACUUGGCUGAGCCUGUUGUCAACAUGCCACCACCACCAAGGGAGAACUGGCCCUUGCUUCAGGUCGAACCCUCGGGUCAGACUCCCACCGAGGACGAUGAAGGGGAUUCCCUUGAACCUGUGAGCCAAAUCUCUUCCCAACCAGGCCAGAGAAGCUCUGUCCUUCAGAACUCCUCAGACUCAAACCCUCAUGAAUCCUCUCACGCCAGCAUCCAGAGUGAAUAUUUGCCACAAGUGGAGAACAGUCCCUCUCAGCCCGUGGAGGUCGAGGAGAUUCUAGAGUCUGCUGGAAAGGGUCAGAUCAGUGGAUCAGAUCAAGGCUACAUCUCCAAAAUGUCCUCUCAACAAGAACCCCCUUUUAAAGAUCCACUGGCAGCUCUGAGGAGGCUGCAGGAAGAGCUGUUGCAGGACAGUAUCACAUACUCUGAUGAACAACCUGAAGGAAACUGAUCUGUCUAAAGGCCGCCAGUAAAAUAAGAGUUAAACUUUGACCAACUUUAACAGCCGUAGAACUUACCCCAUUUGGAUCCCUGAGUACCCUUUAAACCAUGUUUAAGUGUUGGCAGAUCCCCUCUACCCACACAGCACCAAUCCAAUCCCCCAACUAGUCUAGAUAAAGUUGAGCCUGAAGGACUCCCAGGACUUAAACCUCCCACAGACCUUUCAUUUCAGUUUGCAAAGUGGAUAUUUCUCUCCAGCUGAAGUCAUCCUCUCAUAAAUUGUGGAGUUUGAGGUGUACAAGGUUCUGGAGUCGAGUGGAAAGGGAUCAGAUCAAAGCUUUAUCUCAUUCAAUCAAAGACCCCCUUUCAAAGAUCCACAUGAGGCUCUUAGAGUCCUGCAGGAGGAUCUGUUUCAGGACAAUCUCAGGUAUUUGACGAACAACGUGAAGGAUGGGAGGCCAUCCCAGCAAAAAGUCCUGACUGAGUCUCACAGAUUUUUAUCAACCACUUAUCACCUGCAAGGUCACAAAGAUCACCUGGAGGUCCAAACCCUGUGGAACUGGACAGCAGAACUCUGUCUUUAUUGUCUUUUCAUACAUGUUAUUUAUACCCAGAAACCUACAAACCAAAUGUCCUUUUCCCAAUGUAUAUAUUGCCAAUAAUAUCGUAGAAAGGGUAACUGUUACUACAUUUCUUGGAAUUAUCAUAGAUGAAAAUCUCACCUGGAAAAAUAUAUAACACUUAUUUCAGGCAAAAUAGCAAAAAAAAUAGCAAAAAAUAUUGGAGUCAUCAGAAGAAUAAUGCAUCUGCUAUGAAGAAAAAUCCAUCUUAAUUUAUAUUACACUAUGAUCUAUCCAUACAUCUCAGACUGUAACAUUGUUUGGGCUAGCACCUUUAAAAGCAACCUCAACUGCAUUUCUUCUCUGCAAAAACGGUUCAUCAAAAUGAUCACUUUCUCCAACAGAUUUAGCAGCUCUACCCCUUUGUUCCAGUCCCUAAGAAUUCUCCCGAUCUUCCACCUAAACCAGUUUCAGAUAUGUAGUUUUGUUUUCCAAUCAGUCAACAACUUACUCCCCGUCUGUUUUCAAGGUAUAUUUCAACUCAAUUCUCAAAUCCAUCAUUGCAACACAAGGUCAGCCAGCUUACUUCAUUCUGCAUUUUUCAGGACAUCGUUUUCUCAAUUCUCUAUCAGAUUCAGAGGACCUCAUUGUUGGAACAAUUUACCCAAUCAUAUUAGAAACAGCACCAGCCUCAACUUAUUUAAAAAACAAACCAUUUAUUUCCUGCUUGGCCAAUUAACCAAUGUGCCAUCACAAUCUUUCUCUGCAAUAAGAGCUUAUUUUCCCUUUUCCCCUCUUCUUUCAUUUGUCUCUUUCUUGUUUUGCUUUCUUUUACACCUUAUUGAGUAUGUGUUCUUGUUAGCUUUAUUGUUUUUGCUUGGACUACAUUAAUAGUAUGUCUCUGUGUUACAUGUUUCUCUUUAGGAGGGCCACUCGACAAGCCCUUCUGGGUUUAUUUGGCUCCUCCAGCACAUUUCUUUCAAAAUGUAAAUUUAGUUUAUUAACUAAUCAUUAUGUACUGUCUGUUUUUCCAUUGAUCUAUUAUGUUUUUUGGUUUUUUUUUUUUGCUUUUUAAGUGCAAUAAAAAUAAAUAAAUGACAAACGAUCAAGCUUUCAAAACAAAGAAAACAAGUAAUGUAGAUCUUUAAUGGUUUGUGUGUUUUUGUCUGAUUGGACGAUGUGAUUAGAUUUGCAAAGAUCUGGACAUUUUGAGCAGAAGAAGAAAUGAUGGAAUCAUUUGCACAGUUUUCUUUGGAUGCUGCAUAGUGGUCAUUGGAGGAAGUGCAGGCUUCAUGUUUUUUUUUUUAUAACUCUGAUUGGAAUUCGUAAAAUCCGAAAUAUCAACAAGUCAAAGCAGCAACUUCCUGUGGGUUGAAGAUUUGUAUAACUCUCAUGAUAUCUUUAACCCUUUAUUUUGAAGUUUGGUUGUUGACUCAGUUCCUAAACCUAAAGAUCGUUUUCAUCAUCGACCCAAAGGCUCGACCUUCUAGAUCAGGGAUGGGCAACUUUGGUCACAGCAAGGGCCAAGUUCAUUUAGUUCUAACUGCCAGAGGGCCAAAUUGUAGGAUACAAAAACAAUUACAGUCAAUUAUGUCUCAAAUUUAACUCAACAUAUACCAGUGAUCAAAUAUUAUUAUGGACAUAUUUCUGGUUUUCAUGAUUUCAUGGCAGAUUUUGUCAUCUUUUCUUAAUGUUUCCAAUUCAUUGAUGUGUAAAAAUUGACCUGAGGACCAAGUUGAGGGUUGAUGGGGGCCGCCAGUUGCCCACCCCUGAUGGAUCUUCUCCCUGGUCGAUGGAUCCAGUUUUGAAUACUUCUCUUACACAUUUAUCCACACAAGUCUGAGCCCGGAAGGCUGGUACAGUGAAACUUAACGACUCAUUAAAUCAGUUAUUGGUUGUUUUUCAUUGUUUUGUGAUUUUUGUACUUUUUGCACUUGGAUUUUUGCAAAUUGAAACAUUAAAUUUAACUCAAUGCAAAGAAGGUGUUAUGUAACGUUGAACCUGAAAAGUUUCAUGUUGAGUCUUCAGUUGUGACUCCAAAGAGUCUGGAGCAUCUGUUUCUCUGAUGUUCAGCGAUGGUAAAAAUGGAGUUAAAGUAUUUAUGCGAUUGUGAUCAAGAAGUUUGUGUAAAAAUGAAAUGUCCUAUCACAAUAAAAGCUUUGAAUAAAGGCCUGUGCACAUAUUCUGAGCUAAA